AACUACGACUUUGACAACCCUAAGCGUAAAGUGGAAAGGAAGAUCAGAUUAGGUCACUUGGCAUGGUGCGUAGAAUUUCGGGUUUCCUCAAGCGAUUGACCCAAAAUGCGCGAUAGACCUUGGAUUUGUUACCUUCUCAUCUUAUCCUGCCUUUCAACAGCUCAAUUCCACCUCCGGACUUUCUCAACAAGAUUGCGCACGGUAUCACUGUUGCCAGAGGCCCAAAUGACUGGCCCCAAUCUGCGACCUAAGAUUUCACGACAAUCGCAAAGGUUGAUUAUAAGGAGAGGAUUGCUCACCUUUCGCACAGUCUACAACGACACAAGCACGCUUUCCAUCACCCGUGCCUGCGUCCUGCCGACUGGUGUCGUUCCACAGAACAAUUACUUACUCCCUCUACUCUCGGUUCAUUGGCGCUCAACGCCUCGCAGAGAAACACUCCCAAGUUCAUCCCGCCAUCGAAUCCCAACACCACCUUUGGCACUUCCUUUCCCACAUCUGCGACUGUGCAUCCGUCCUCUCUGCGCAGGCCAUUGACUUUGACCCUCGCAAACUCUUGCGACAUGCGCCUGGACGUGGACGACGACAUUGAAGACCUGUUCAAAUUCAGAAUUUCGCGGUAGCAAAAGGUUUGCCGACCUAGCCCCAGGCGCCACCUUGGUACAAAUACAUCCAACGAGGAACGUCAAAACGCCUCGUUUCCACCACAAAUUCAAAUCAAAACUGGGACCCCCACUCAAUCUGUGAUCUCCUAACCAAAGACACCUCCAUCUAAAUCUCGAGUGCUACCAUAGCAGCCACGCCC